AUGAAUUUGUUAUAUAAAAUUCUAAAUAGCCUUGAAAUAACUGAUAUUGUAAAAAUAUUUUCGUUGACAAUAUGUUUUUACAUAUUUCGUUUUUAUUACAAAUAUUUUACUCGUGUGAAUCCUCUUCCUGGUCCAUUACCAAUUCCUUUGUUAGGAACUUUUGAAAUUUUUAGAGCUAAUAAAGAUAAUGAUGCAUGGUUUUCUAAAUUAACUAAAAAAUAUGGACAAAAUGGAAUAUUUGAAUUAAAUCUUAUUGGCAAUAGACAAAUAAUAAUCACUCGGGCAGAAUACGUUAAUAAAUUUAUAACACCAUUAUCAGAAGACAAUCACAAGACACAUUUUAUGAGAAUUCCUAAGAAUGAAUUUUUAGAUAUGCUUGAUCUAUGUAAAGGUACUACAUUAAAUCAUAAUUAUAAUUCUUGGAAAUUUAAUCGUCAAAUAUUUUCACGCGCCAUUAGGACAGCAUGUUAUUCUGACGAAACUAUUGAAAAAGUAAAUAAUAUAUUUGAAGAAAUGAUGGAUUAUUGGAUGAAUUUGAGAAAACCUGAUGAGAACUUUGCAAAUGUUGAUGCAGCAGCUUGGAUGCCAAGAUUUAUAAAUGAUUCUAUUUCCGCAAUUACAACUGGAAAUCGUACAUUUGCGAUUAAAAAUUAUUAUCACAAAUUAAAAACAAACGAAGUUACUAAAGAAAUAAUGGAAUCCGAACAUUUUAUUGAUUGCUUAAACAGCUUCAAUAAGGAUGGUCAUAUGAUAUUUAUACCAAAGUUUUUAAGACCAUUUCCUUUGAUUAAUGGUCGCGUGAAUAAAUUCGUGCAUAUGUUUGAUGAUAUAUAUAAAAGAUUGGUAGAGAUGAUUAGAAAAAGAAGAAAAGAAGUUGAAAAACUUGUUAAUAGUAGCAACUUUGACCAAUCACAAUUAAAGAAUGAUCUUUUAACUUCAAUGAUUGUUGCCAACACACCAUAUGAAACUACACCGCAACAAAAUGUUGACCCUUCAUUGUUAAGGCCAAUGACUGAUGAUGAAAUACGCGGUAUAAUGUUUGAUGCAUUUAUGGCUGGCACAGAUUCUACGACAAAUACAUUUUGUUUUGUAUUAUAUUACAUUUCACAUCACCCACACGUUAAAAAGAAGUUAUUGGAAGAGAUUGAAACGGUUUUCAAAGAUGAUCCAUAUAGAGCAGUAACGAUUAAAGACCUAAAUAAAUUUAAAUAUUGUGAAGCAAUUAUUAAAGAAACGUCAAGAAUAAGGACUCCAGUUAGCUUGAAUUCAAGAUAUCUUGAACAACCUGAAGAAAUAGCGGGAUAUAAAUGGCCAUCAGACAUUUUAUUCGUCAUGUAUACUCGUGGAAUUAAUAAUAAUCCACUUUAUUGGAAAGAUCCAGAAAAAUUUGAUCCAGAAAGAUUUUACGACCCUAGUGCAGUGGAAAAUCAACAUAAAUUUGCGUUUUCAAUGUUUGGUGGAGGUGUAAGAAACUGUUUAGGUAAAAACCUUGCAAUGAUGGAAUUGAAAAUAUUUUUGGUUUUACUUUAUAGAAAAUUUAAUGUAGAACUUGUAGAUAUGAAAGCACCUCUUAAUGUUGAAACCUCAACAG